AUGGUUGUGACCACCUCGGACGUCGCGGUGCUGGAGGACGGCGGUCGUGAAGCGAGCCCCGUUCUGGUGGAGGGUUUGAGGAAGCUGGUGGAAGCCGACGCCGACCUCGUCUGCCCCGUGACGGAGGAGUUCCUCCUCAGGUUCCUCUGGGCCGCGGACCUGGACGUCAAGAAGUCGUACCACCUGCUCCAAGAGUACUUCGCCGCUCGGCGCGACUUCCCGGACGUGUUCCUGCUCAACAACCCCCACGACUACCUGCCCAUCUUCAAGAGCAACGAGCUGGGCUUCGAGCUCAACGAGCGGGACCCGCUCGGCCGCAGGAUCUUUGUCGCGAGGAUAGGUAAGUAG